AAUCAGUUAAUCUUCAUUAUCGAACGCAUGGGUACAUUCAAGCAUGGAUAGCAUCAACAAUACAGGGAAUAUGUAGUUAGAUUAUAAGAGCAUUUCCAAUGGUAUAGGCAAUUAAAGUAUAUAAAAUUAUACUGUAACAAGAAAUGUGGGCCUUAUUCGUCUACUCAUGGUAUUGUAGGCAACAUUGCCUAUAUCAUUAGAACUAGUUUUUGCCAUCUUGGUUCGUCAAAAUGAGUUUAUUUACUCAAUUGCCCACACCAUGCUCUAACGUGUUGAUAUAUUUGGCGAUACUGAGGUUAGAAGCAACUGGUUAUUUCCUGAGUCAGUAUUAUCCCAACUUUGCUGACUUGUGAUGAUAUGGUCCACGUGGGCGCAAGUGUUAUCUUUGGUGACAUGUCAAGAUAUGGUCCACAUCCACUUGUACACAAAACUUUAAAAGAGUAACUACCUAGUGCCUUAACAAAUGGAAACUAUUAUUUUAGUCCGACAUUUUGGAGUAAACCUCCACAAUAAGAAACUCCAACAAUACAAACAAGAAACUAUCACGUGAAAGAGCACGUGACCAAACCACUGCCCUCCAAUGGCAACCAUUAUCCUAACAGUCAAGCACAAGAUCAAAAGCUCAAGUCCCAAAACCUCCUUCAUAAAAAUCCAAACAUUUUUUGUCUUUUAAAGAAACAACCUUAAAAAAAUAAAAAAAUAAAAAAAUUUCUCUAUCUUUUGCCCUUCCAUGCAAUUCCACCACCCCUGUAUACAUAGGGUAACCCUAAACCAUUGUCCCCAAACUCCCAACACCUGAAAAGAAAAAGAAAAAAAAAACCUAGAAAUGGCGUACCACCCAACGUCCCAAAAUAUAAGCCCUGUAAGCAAAACUCAAGUCAUGAUAGACACCUACCAUACCCACGAUCUUUUGCCAAACCAGUGCGGCUCGAGACUCGUCCAAACCGUCGACGCACCGCUAACCCCAGUCUGGUCCGUCCUCCGCCAGUUCGACAACCCGCAAGCUUACAAGCAAUUCGUUAAGAGCUGCAGCAUGCGGGCGGGGAACGGAGGCAUAGGGAGCAUUCGAGAGGUCGUUAUUAUGUCAGGGCUGCCGGCGAAAAACAGCAUGGAGAGGCUGGACAAGCUCGACGACGACAUGCACGUCAUGCAUUAUAGCAUUCUCGGUGGAGACCACAGGCUUGCAAAUUACAGUUCUACCACUACGGUGCAUAAAGAGGAAGAAGAAAAGGGAAGGAAGAAUAAGACGGUUGUGGUUCAGUCGUACGUGGUGGAUAUUCCCGCCGGAAGUAGCAAGGAAGAUACUUGUUUGUUUGCUAAUACGAUUAUCGGCUGUAAUCUCAAGUCAUUAGCUAAAGUUACAGAAAAGAUGGCUGCUAAGUGCUGAUCUUAACUAGUUCAUUAGCUUAAGGAGUUGUAGGCUUAAGGAUUUUUCUUUAUUUCUUUUUUUUUUUUUUUUGAGGAUGGACGAUAGUUUUGAGUGGAUGUUGAUGAGUUGAGAGGUUUAUUCCAGAUUUAGUUAUUUUGUGCAGGGGUGUGUUGGUAUAUAUUUUGACUUUUUUGUUGUAAUAAACUAAUCAAUAAUAUGCGAGUUUACAGCUAUUAUGUGCUAAGUAUUUGCAUUUUUCUACUACUUAUACUCUUCUAUAUUUAGAGAAAAGUAAGAGUUUGAAUUCUAAAUGCAGCAGGUUAAAGCGAAAAGUAAUAUCUUACUAAAUUAAUCUUGAAACGUUUUAUUCAAAUGACAAGUAAGUUAUCUUGAUUUUAAAAAAUUCAUAUGCACUUUAUCUCAAUUGUAUUUUUAUUUAUUUUAAUCGUACACUAAAGAGGUAAAAAUAUACGAAUUCGAAACACAAGACCACCUGAACAAUUUACUUGGAUGAGUAUUUUAAAGUGAAAUAAUAACUUAACAUGGAUAUACCUCAUGUGUUGGGAGGUGUGCCACGUAGUGGCGGGCUGAAAGGUGCCACCUUUCACCGUGUCAAGGUGUAUAUUGGGCUUAGGGUUUAGAGGAGUUGUUAAUUUCUCUGCCCUUGCAGGCCAAGUCGGCUUAUUGAACCACAGCCGCUCUGUAUUGAUGGCGUCUUGGAGAUUAUGAUCAACCCCCUCUAAGUCAGCUGGUUGCCAAAAAAAGAAUAAAUAACGAGUCUGAACCGCAACACACAAAAGCUAACCUUAGCCAAAAGCCUAACGCCAAUUCCUAAUUUCUUUUUUUUUUUUUUUUGCAAAACUUUCAUUCCCAAUCCAUCAAUCAAAACAAAAACAAAAACAAAAAAAAAAACAAAAAAAAAAAUCUAAAAGCACAUGUAAACCUAAGAUGAGAAAAAUACCGAUAUGAUUGAAUCCGUAAUACAAUGAAGUACGAUGGAAGGUGCUUGAUCAAACUUGAACAACAAAAAAGCUUGGAUUUGUGAGAUAUGAAGUCUGACGUGGGGAGAUACAAAUCUUGGUGUGG